GUGAGGCCCUGGCCUCUGAGGAGGCGGGGCGGGGGCAGAUCUCCGGACUUGCAAAGGACCGAAGCUGAGUAGCUAGCAAGGCAUCUCCGGGACCACAGGCUGAAGGCCGCGCCCAGGUUCUGCUGUGAGGCCAGCAUGCUGUGGCGCGGCAGCCAGGCGCUCCGGCGCUUCUCCACCGGCCGGGUUGAUUUCACAAACAAGCUGAAGUUGGCUCUUAUUGGCCAGAGCCUCUUUGGACAGGAAGUCUACAGCCAUCUCUGCAAACAGGGCCACAGGGUCGUGGGGGUGUUCACAGUUCCAGACAAGGAUGGGAAAGCUGACCCACUAGCUUUAGCUGCCGAGAAAGAUGGGACCCCCGUGUUCAAGUUCCCCAGAUGGAGAGUCAAGGGCAAGACCAUAAAGGAGGUGGCAGAGGCCUACAGAUCAGUGGGUGCAGAGCUGAAUGUUCUCCCCUUCUGCACACAGUUCAUCCCCAUGGAUGUCAUUGACAGCCCAAAGCACGGCUCCAUCAUUUAUCACCCGUCCCUCCUCCCCCGGCACAGGGGAGCCUCUGCUAUCAACUGGACUUUGAUUAUGGGAGAUAAGAAAGCCGGGCUUUCUGUUUUCUGGGCUGAUGAUGGUUUGGACACAGGCCCCAUUCUUCUCCAGAGAUCAUGUGAAGUGGAGCCCAGUGACACUGUGGAUGCCCUUUACAACCGAUUUCUCUUUCCUGAAGGGAUCAAGGCCAUGGUGGAAGCAGUCCAGCUUAUAGCAGAUGGCAAAGCUCCUCGAGUUCCCCAGUCAGAAGAAGGAGCAACAUAUGAAGGGAUCCAGAAGAAGGAAAAUGCCAAGAUUUCUUGGGAUCAGUCUGCUGAAGGUUUACACAACUGGAUUCGUGGUCACGAUAAAGUCCCUGGAGCUUGGGCAGAGAUAAACGGGCAGGUGGUCACUUUCUACGGCUCGUCCUUGCUGCACAGCUCCGUGCCUCCUGGGCAACCACUGGAAGUCAAAGGUGCCACGAAGCCUGGUCUCAUUACCAAAAAUGGCCUUGUUCUUUUUGGUAAUGAUGGAAAAGCUCUGAUGGUGAGAAAUCUGCAGUUCGAAGAUGGAAAAAUGAUCCCUGCCUCCCAGUACUUCUCAGCGGGUGAGACAUCUGUGGUAGAGCUGACAGCUGAAGAGCUGAAGGUGUCAGAGACCAUCAAGGUCAUCUGGGCUGGAAUUUUAAGCAACGUUCCUGUUAUUGAAGACUCAACGGACUUCUUUAAAUCUGGAGCAAGCUCAAUGGAUGUUGUCAGGCUGGUUGAAGAGAUCAGGCAGAAAUGUGGCGGGCUGCAGUUACAGAAUGAAGAUGUCUAUAUGGCCACCAAGUUUGAAGACUUCAUCCAGAAGGUCGUGAGAAAAUUGAGAGGGGAAGACCAAGAAGAAGAGCUGGUGGUGGACUAUGUUUCAAAGGAAGUCAACGAGAUGACGGUCAAAAUGCCCUAUCAGUGUUUCAUAAAUGGGCAGUUCUCUGAUGCUGAUGAUGGAAAGACCUAUGACACUAUCAACCCAACAGACGGAUCUACAAUCUGCAAAGUUUCCUAUGCUUCUUUGGCGGAUGUUGACAAAGCUGUAGCAGCAGCAAAAGAGGCUUUUGAGAAUGGCGAAUGGGGAAGAAUGAAUGCAAGAGAAAGAGGAAGAUUGAUGUACAGACUUGCAGACCUGCUGGAAGAGAACCAAGAAGAACUGGCAACCAUCGAAGCCCUGGACUCAGGGGCAGUCUAUACCCUGGCUCUGAAGACUCACAUCGGGAUGUCUGUACAGACAUUCAGAUACUUUGCUGGCUGGUGUGACAAAAUUCAGGGCUCUACCAUUCCAAUCAACCAGGCCCGUCCCAAUCGCAAUCUGACCUUUACCAAGAAGGAGCCACUUGGGGUGUGUGCCAUCAUCAUCCCCUGGAACUACCCCCUGAUGAUGCUGGCAUGGAAGAGUGCCGCGUGCUUGGCAGCUGGCAACACCUUAGUGCUCAAGCCUGCACAGGUCACACCCCUGACGGCUUUGAAGUUUGCAGAGCUCUCCGUUCAAGCUGGCUUCCCAAAGGGCGUCAUCAACAUCAUUCCAGGCUCAGGUGGUGUGGCAGGACAACGUCUUUCUGAACACCCUGAUAUCCGCAAGCUUGGUUUCACAGGCUCUACGCCUAUUGGUAAACAGAUCAUGAAGAGCUGUGCUGUGAGCAACUUGAAGAAAGUUUCCCUUGAACUUGGUGGCAAAUCCCCACUUAUCAUAUUCAAUGAUUGUGAACUUGACAAGGCUGUGAGAAUGGGUAUGGGAGCCGUGUUUUUCAACAAAGGAGAGAAUUGCAUUGCAGCUGGUCGCUUGUUUGUAGAAGAAUCUAUCCACGAUGAAUUUGUGACAAGAGUGGUGGAAGAAAUUAAAAAGAUGAAAAUUGGUGAUCCACUUGACAGAUCUACAGAUCACGGGCCCCAGAACCAUCAGGCCCACCUGGAGAAGCUCCUGCAGUACUGUGAAGCCGGGGUGAAGGAAGGGGCCACCUUGGUGUACGGGGGAAGGCAAGUCCAGAGGCCAGGCUUCUUUAUGGAACCAACUGUCUUCACUAACGUGGAAGACCACAUGUACCUCGCCAAAGAGGAGUCCUUUGGGCCUAUUAUGGUCAUUUCUAAGUUCCAAAAUGGAGACAUUGAAGGAGUGCUGCAGAGAGCUAAUAACACCGAGUACGGCCUGGCCUCAGGAGUUUUCACAAGAGACAUAAAUAAAGCCAUGUACGUGAGUGAAAAGCUGGAAGCAGGCACUGUUUUUAUUAACACAUACAACAAGACAGACGUGGCAGCGCCUUUUGGUGGAGUGAAGCAGUCUGGCUUUGGAAAGGACUUAGGUGAGGAAGCACUUAAUGAAUACCUCAAAACCAAGACGGUGACGCUGGAAUAUUAGAGUCAUGCGACCAACAGGAGACCCUGGGGACCCAGCACUAUUCAGCCUGAAGAGGAACAAGGUGCCAGAACACUCACGCUGAGCCCAGGAGGGAGGUCAGGAUGUGUGUGCAGUGUGUACACACCAGCAUUUCUAACCCUUUUAUACCUUUGAAUGAUUCGUCAUUGUUGGAUUUUGAUCACAUUGCAGAUCAUCUGAAUUUUUCAAAUGCCAAGUUGCUUUUGUCUUCUCCAUCCAGAUCAAUCCAGGUCCUGGUGGUUCCCAUGACACAACACCACCACCCCUCUUGAACUGUCAAGGUCACACGCACACACCCAUUCUGCAAAUACCUUCUAGAGAGUCAAACCUAAAUCCAGUGCCUAGGCCCCAGGUUAAGGAUCAUAAAGGCUUGAGUUAUUGUAAGUGAGCAUUGAUUAGAAAAAAUGAAAUUACCAGUGAACUGAAAUUGGGAUGGAAUGGUCUAUAGUCCAUUAAGUGAUCUGAUUAACACAGUGAGCUAUGGAAUGCUCUCUGUUCCUUUGGAUCACUGAAUUAUGAAAGAACAAAGGCUGGGUGCCAGGCAGUGGCACACCUAGUAGAGCACGCAGGUUACCAAGUGCAAGGAUCUGGGUUCAAGACCCCAGUCUCCACCUGCAAGGGGCAAGCUUCACAAACAGUGGAUCAUACUGCAAGUAUCUCUCCUCUUGGUCUCCCCCCUUCCCUUUAUCAAAAAGAAAGAAGGGGGGGAAGUGACGGUAAUGGUAGAGUCAUGCAGGCACUGAGCCCAGUAAUAAUCCUGAUGGUGAAACCAACAAGCAAACAAUGAAGUACAGUCUGAUUGUAACGCAAGCUGGGGAAGCGUGCACACUUCAGGCAGAUCCAUGUGCCUUCUAAUCCCCUUGCCUUUGCUAAAGCUGACUCCUUGACUCAAGCCAGCUCCCUGGCCUUUGUUUUUCUGUCACUGUAUCUAUUCCAUGUGAAUUAUGUGGAGAAAAACCAGACCAUCACUCAGGUACAUGCAGUGCCAGGGAUCAAACUGGAAACCUCAGGCAUGGAAGUCUUAAGCUCUACCAGCUGAGCUACUUCCCUGGUCUCUCUCUCUCUUACUGCCAAAUACUUGGUUUAAGUAUUUCUCCUUUGUGCUCUCACUUGCCAUGAGCCUCGUGCUUGCCAUUUGUUGCUAAAGGUUAUAGGAAGGUUAUUUGCCUUCCUAACUAGACAUGAGCAUCCCUUCCUCACUCAGGAUAAACACUCUGCUGUCAUUUAUUGAGGCAGGACACUUUAAAAUGCCAUCUCAAAGGGGCCGGAUGGUAAUGCUGUGGGUUAAGUGCACAUAGCACAAAGCAUGGACCGGUGUAAGGAUCCUGGUUCAAGCCCCUGGCUCCCCACCUGCAGAGGGGUCGCUUCACGGGUGGUGAAGCAAAUCUGCAGGUGUCUAUCUCUCCCUUCUCUGUCUUCCUAUCCUCUCUCAACUUCUUUGUCCUUUCCAACAACAAUGAAACCAAUAAUAAUAAUAAUAACAACAACAAAGAUAAACAACAAGGGCAACAAAAUGGAUAAAAUAGCCUCCAGGAACAGUGGAUUCGUAGUGCAGGCACCGAGCCCCAGCUAUAACCCUGGAGGCAAAAAAAAAAAAAAAAAAAAAAAGCCAUCUUGAGUCAUUACAAUGCCUAGAAGAAUGAAUCGAAUGGUUUCAAUGGCUCAUUGAAGGGAUCAAUCUAGAUGCCUUCACUAUCAUGCCGUCAGGUCUUACCUUGAUUCCCACCAGAGCCUGCCAGCUGAUCUGCCUGACUCCUCCUGGGUUAACAGCUUAAGUCAGAAGGUACCAUUGUUUUGCUCAGAACCUUCUGAAAGCCCCCAUCUCACUUAGAAUAAAGUAUGUACGCAACGCAUGCCAAGUCACCUCCGAUCUCAUCACCCAGCAAGCUCCUUCUCCUUCUGCAUAGCCUUGAUGUUACCCAUAUGGGCCAAACACACUUCUUCAUACCCAAGGCCUUUGCACUUCCAUCUUUCCAGUGACAACUCUCUGAGGGAAGAAAUGACCCUAAUUUGCAUCAUUGGUGGUUUCUGCAUAAAAAUGUUCUCAAGACUGAACUCACGGUGCCAACUGGACUUCACUGAACAUGGGGAAGGACAUGCAUGGUUGUAGCAUGUGAAAAUCAGCACCAGCAGCCACUGCCUCUUCCUGAAACUGUCCCAACACACAUGAGUGGGAGAUAAUUCCACCAGUAGAGUGCAGGCCUUGCUGUGCAUGAGGUCUUGGGUUUGAGCCCUGGCACUACCUGGAGCACCAUGGAUAGUGCAGGGGGAGGGGAAGCAAUAGGAAACUCCACGGAAGGUGGUGUAAUCCUGUGAUGUCUCUCCUCUCAAAAAAGAAAAGAUUGAGCCAAGGAAGCAGUGGGAUUGUGCAUGCAUGAGAACCUGGGUUCAAACCUUGGCACCAUGUUUAAAAAUAUCAAAUAGUACAAGCAUCUCCCACCUCCAGAUCUCAUUUAUUCUAUCAUUAUUCUGUGUAUCUUGGAUAAUUCUCACAGGACUUAUCAGAAAUGGAUGCCUCCAUUUCUCUCUCCCUAACAGGUCAACUUUACAAACAGGUGCUACUUUCUCUCCAGUGGCUACUACACAGGAGCUUGAUAAAUGUUUUCAAAUCAAAGCACUUGCCCAACUCUCACAAUGAUGAAGUGGCACUGAGGCAGUGAGGCCAGCAUUCUUCACCAAGCUGAGCUAGUUUUGUCAGCCAAUGUCGAUAUCAGACCCUGGGUGAUGAACAAAUAUUCAUACUAGAUGUGCUAGACUGAAGAACUAUGCAGUAUGGACAUUACCUACAAGAACAUUUUGAGAAGGGCUAGAGCCAAGGUGAGGAACCAAACAGGGUUCUUUCAUACCUGCCUCCCAGGAAAUCAGAGCUGUCAAGUCAGUCCUGGACUAGAAGUUUAUCAUACAUGGCACACAAUGGCUGGCUAGAUUAGCAUUGCAAUAUGCAAAUAAUACCCCCCAAGCUCCCAUUUUAAUGAUUCAAUAACAAACUACAUAAAACAAGACACACAAAACAGGAAGACUCAACCAUAAACUCCCUCCAUGGAAAUAACCACAGGCAUUAUCUUUUGGGUUUUGCUCUAGACUUUUCUUUUUUUUU